AAUCUGUUCACGAUUAACGCAGAUGUUAGACAUCAUGAAUUCAUGAGUCUCAUCAUAGGACAUAUAUGUAUUUAUUCCCUGAUCGUGAUGGAUUCUAUUUCUUACACUUCGGUUAAAACUGAACUGCCGGAAGGUGCUCAAAAAGAUUUUAUGGAUGGUUUGAAUACCGAAAUUGAAAGUUCUUUACAAGCACAGGAUGAGUAUGAACCUGGCAGUCCCAUGUUUCUACCACAAUAUGGAAAAAGCUAUUCCAACAAAACCAUCAAAAUGGAAAGGCACUAUAAGUACAAUCCGAAGCCGUUAGGGAAGAAAAACAAUCGAAAUUUUGUUUCUGAAGAACAUAAAACAGAAGAAUAUUGGCAAAAGCGAAUCAGAAAUAAUGUGGCAGCUCGAAAGACUAGAGAAGAUAGAAGACGCAAAGAAAUUGAAACAUUGAAUAAAAGCAUGCAGUAUGAAAGACAGAAUUUAGAGUUGCGUUUAUUCAUUGAGAAAACGGAAAGCGAAAAUCAAUAUUUAUUAUACGAAAUUAACUGUUUAAGGGAAGCCAAGGGGUUUCCCAGAUUUUAACAUUUGUUAGUUCUUCACCUUGCUUACAAAUGGGCUAACAAUUCUUAGAAUGUAUUUGUUUGUACAUGUCCAGAACUUUAAUAUUUUUCCGUGGUAGGUCGUAAUCUGUUAUUUUUUCCUAAUCUUUGUUACAGACUAUCUACCACGACAAAACAACAACAAAUAUAGCGUAGUUUUCUGUUGGUUGUAAAUUUAAAGGGAAUAUAUUAUUUUCAAACUGUUUAUAUAACUUAUAGCUAC